UCUCCUCCGCUCCCGAGUGGGACUGUCCAACACUCCACCACCCUCUGGAGGUCUUGGGCCCACAGCGCUGCGGACAGACUCAGCAUGCAGGGCCCUGAUGGACGAGGUGGAGUAUGACGUCACCAAGGCUCGGCAGAAGACGACCAAGGUGGGCUCCUUCCGAAUAAAUCCUGACGGGACGCAGGAGAGGAGAAAGACCCCCCUAGCCCACUCGGAGGUUUUCCUAACAGACCUGUUGGACCAAGUGUGCGAGCGGAUGAACCACUACCAGCUGGAAGAAGAUUCCGUGACUCGGGAGAAGAAGUUUAAGAGGUUUGCUCCAAGGAAAGGAGACAGAAUAUACAAAGAAUUUAAAAAAUUCCAUUUUUAUUCUGAUGCUUACAGACCUUUGAAAUUCGCGUGCGAAGCUAUUAUAGAGGAGCAUGAAGACGAGAUAUUCUCACUUAUCGCCCAGGAGGCACACGACCUCGCUGACAAGCUGUGCAGUGAGAAAGCAGUCCGCGGAGUCACUGUUGCAGGGCAAGGAACUACACAGACAAAAGACCGAAUGAGGUACAUAAAAUUGAAAUAUGGAAUCAUAGACCUACAUCGCCCAUAAGUCACCUCAGAAGAGGUGCAACGGACAGAUGAUGAUGUCGUCUCCGGACUUGUCCUUCCCGCCCUUGGCCCCCGAACGUGCGUUUGCUGAGGAGGAGUGACCCACUCGUUCUGUCCAUUUUCAGGAUCUGCCCUUCUCCACAGAGAUGGUGCUUACAGUGACCGUAAUAGCAACUCAUCUGUCUGUAGGGACGUCACCUGAAAAUCCGGCUUGGCUUCCUGGGGACGGUUUGUAGACGAGUCUGUGGCAUCAGCCACAGGUGCGUGCCCUUCUGGGUUCUCUGAGGGUUCAGAGCGGAAACUUAGGUGCAGGCAUACCGUCCCACGCUCAAAGGUGGGCCUGUCGUCUGGGCAGGGGGAAGUCAGCUGACAAAAAUAUCCUGUCUCACGACAGCGAGAUAUUUACAAAACACAUGCCAUCUGUUAAGAAGCUUGGGAAACAAGCUAUGAGGUUACACCGGAAAUAUGUCGGAACUGCAAUAUGGCUCAUUAGUACGGAACACGCAUUUUAUUGGACCACCCGCGGGUCAACAUCGUAUCCCCCAAAACGUAACGGCACAGAGUGGAGGCCGGGACAGCGAGGCGAGCGAUUAAAUAGGAGAGAGAGCGCCGCGUGCCCCCAAACCACUGUGGAAGCUGCACCGCGCACUUGGCUGAGCUAAGAUACCACUCGAGGCGCACACGCCUUCCUCGGAGCGGACAGAGAGGAGCUGCCGCCUCCUCCGGGAGCAUAAACGAACUAAUAUCUAAGGAAUGCAAGUUCCAUAAUGGGACGCCGGAUGCCCGACGUCGGCUAAUUAAGCCUGGCUCCGACUCGGAAAGAUCCCGUAAGUGAGAAGUUAAAAUAUUAAUCCCGAUUUUGAACUGCACGACGAGCGAGGCUGGUACCUGAAGGGAGAGAAUGUACUCCUGACGUUUUAGAUUAAGGGUUCGCCUCAAAGCCGCUUUCCGAACAAGUGGGACUUUCUCUACAGCGUAUUCUCUGAUACCGGCCGAGGAAGGGCCAUGACAAUCCUUGAAGUGACACCACUGUCAACAGAGGGAGAGAAGAUUUCAAUCAGGUGGUUUUCAUUGUCUGAUAGAAACGAUCUUUAUGGCUUUGUUGUUCUUCAUCAAAGCGCACUGAUUAAGCACCUUCAUGCCCUGUGGUUUGUAGAAGAAAGCACAGAACCAAAAAAUAGACUAUUCGGUCCCCAUUCAAAAUGGACCCUAUUUAAAGCAACACGGUAUUAAAAGAGAGUGAGGUCUAAUACCAAUGCAGGUUCAAUAAGUGUUAUUAAAUUAUUAGACCUUAAGGUGAAAAUAUACCCUUGAACUGCCCUUAGAUGCAAUCAGAGCUGUGAUUAAAUAUUAAUGCCCUAAGAUUAAAGGGUCACUUGAGUGGAUUUUUUUUUUUUUUUUUUUUUUAGCAAUACCCCCAAAUGGUGGGAAUUAGCUACAUUUUGCAUACUUUGUGGACACCGAAACCUGGACAACUUCCAGACUGCAAAGCGCCAGGCUGGGGGCUCUGCUCUGGCCUGGCUGAGCCCCCGCCCCUGCGCGGUCUACAGUCGUGCUGAGAUGCUUUCCCACGGCGCUGCAGGGAGCUCCGUGGCCCUGUGUCCGUGGACCAGGGCUGUCGCGGGUGCCUUCGGCAGAAAGAUGGAGUCCGUUUGGAGCAGCGCUGGUCAGGGCUGACUGUCCACCUGUUGGGUGUGGUGCUUUGCAUACCACAGAAGGAAAGGAAUACGUUCAUACAUACAUAUAUAUAUAUUAAGAAAUGCUUUUCCUUCCCCUCGAUGACUGAGUGUCUAAGCCUAGCAAAGCCUUUGUUCUUCUAGUUCGUACGGCCCAUCCCCAAAGAGGGAAGUGUUCUCUCACGCACGGACCCAGGGUUAAGUAACCACACGGUGACCCGAUGACUCAGGGCCAGAGCCCGCCCCCACCCCAGCCCCUGGGGGUGCAGCUGUGUGACCCACACCCGCGGCUCUGGCUGCCCCGGGCCGAGCCCCUCGGGGCAGGUGAGGGACGUCGGCCCAGGUGGGGAGCCCUUUGUCCAGGUCCGUCCUGCGGCCUUGCUCUGACAGCCAGUGCCCUUGAGCCCGGCCGCCCUCGUCCUGGAUCCCAGAGGCCCAGACACCACGGUCAGCCCGUCAGGCUCAGACAGAGCACUGGCUGCCUCCCGUUUGUGGUCUCGCUGAGGGGAACCCGGGCAGCACCGGCCCAGCGCACGGCUCCUCCCUCAGGGGGCCCCCGAGUCCGGCCGCGUGUCGUAGCUCAGAGCCAGCCGUGGGCCCAAACCGGAGAAACUUCUCAGCCAGAGCCCCUUCCUGGCAGACCCCCCGGAAAAGCGCUGAACGACGUCACGCAGCUUCGGCACUGCCCGCGUGGGGCCGAGGGUGCCCCCGAAAGCCUGCGCCCCCACAGUAACUGUCCCCCCUUGACGACUACUCUUGCUGGCCCACGUUUCAGCAGACGCCUGUGCGUUGUAAGGCCCCACGGUGAGAGGCGGAGGGGCGGUGGCCGGGGCCCCCUCUACAUUCAAUUUGGGGCUUUUCCACCGGAAGGGGGCCGAGGCCGGAGGCCUCGACGUGAAUGCUGGUGCCCUCUGCGUGCUGGACAGGGACCGGGGUCCUCGUCUUCGUCUCAAAAGGGCCACCUCCUCCGGGGGCCACCACUGCUUUCCAGGUCAGUGGUGGGACAAGCAGACCCAGAAAAGACCCCCGCAGGGGCAGGUGGUGGGAAGAAACACUAACGUGGACGCUGUGGAGGAGAGGACAGGGACGGGGGGGGGGGGGCCUGUGUCCCCUGCUGGGGGGAGGAAGGAGUCAGCGGGGAGAGGAGUUCAGAGGCUCCCAGGGUCUCCUGUGCUGAAAGGGGAGAGGCACAGAGACCGUGGGGGUCAGAGCGGCUGGGUGGUCCCUCGGCGCCCCUAGAGGGCACCUCGUUGGGGUAGGGGGGUGUCUCCCAGGUCGCUGUGAUCCCAGCCGAGACAGAGGAUGACCGCCCUGGGUCAGCUCGAGGUUCUGCAGGCUCCCUGGCAAGAACGGUGGGCCAUGUGUGCCCCCCCCCCGCCUCCACCGUGCCCGGCCGGCCGCACCCGGAGCCCCCCUCCUGCAGGACCUGUGUCACUGGGUCACCUGCCAGGGCCGGCUCGGAGCGUGGACGUUACCUGAACUUCAAGCUAAACACAAACUUGUGUUGUCAACGUAGUUCAUCUACUUUUGCUCAUUUUCAGUAGAGUGGAAAGCGUUUAAUUUCUAUUGGCUCUCACAGUAAGGGGGGCGGGCGGUCAGGGCGGUGGAGAGCAGAAGGAAUCCCUUGGAUCUCUGUAGAGUUUUCAUUUAUUUAAGUGCCUGUGAUCGGUUUGCCUCCUGGUCACCUUCCCUCUGAAAGCCUGGCGCAGGGCGUCUCCAAAGCGAGGUAGGAACUGAGGGACCCUGCUCGGCUGGGGUCCGUUUGUCGAGGUGACCGUGCGACUUCUGUGGGUUUAUCCGCCGGCCGCCCCGCUCAGGCUCCAGUCCACUGAGUGGCCCUCACUGGUCUUUCUCCCCCACUGUCCUCUGAAGACCCCGUUCCAGGUCGCCAAGGGCCCCGGGCCCUGUUCCUCCUGGAGGCAAGUCGGGGGCUCAGGCGCCACGCUGGGGGAUCCCUUGGUCCUCCAAACACUCAGCAGGUGCCGCUCAGGGCAGAGCAAGCUGGGCCCCGGGCGGGCGGGUGGCCAGGGUCCCUUCAGUCUGCGGGACCGCACACGAGGCACCCCAGUCUCGGCAGCUUGGAUUCCCUUCUUUAACACCAAAGCAAAAUGAAAAACACACACGCAAAAACCCUACAUUUUUUUCUUUAUGGGUAAGAAGAAAUACACGUACUUCUUC